AUGGUUGACUUGACUACUUAUUGCUGCUGCGGCUAAAUCGACCUUGGUGGCUAGCUAAGAAUGGCGGGGAAUGCGUGGAGGUCAGCGAUUGUUAAUCUACUAAGAAAGUGGAGUUUAUCGAGCAAUGGCCAGGAUAAAAUCAAGGCAAAGGAAGUGCCAAGGGUGGCAGCAGCCUUGAAGAAAGACACCAGAAGGUUCUCAAGUGGGAUGCACACAGUUACUUUGAUCCCUGGUGAUGGAAUUGGACCAGAGAUCUCCACCGCUGUCAUGAAGAUAUUUGAAGAAGCAAAAGCACCUAUUCAAUGGGAGGAAAGAAAUGUUACAGCCAUCAAAGGGCCUGGAGGGAAGUGGGUGAUUCCUCCAGAUGCGAAAGAAUCAAUGGACAGGAACAAAAUGGGCCUUAAAGGUCCUUUGAAGACGCCAAUCGCUGCAGGUCAUCCCUCCAUGAACCUCCUGCUGAGGAAAACCUUUGACCUCUACGCCAAUGUGCGCCCUUGUGUUUCUAUAGAGGGCUACAAGACGCCCUACACGGAUGUGAACCUAGUUACCAUAAGGGAGAACACAGAGGGAGAAUACAGUGGGAUUGAACAUGUGAUUGUCGAUGGAGUCGUACAGAGUAUUAAGCUCAUUACAGAGCGGGCCAGCCAACGCAUUGCAGAGUAUGCAUUUGAAUAUGCCAGAAACAAUAAGAGGACCAGUGUAACUGCUGUUCAUAAGGCCAACAUUAUGCGCAUGUCAGAUGGGCUCUUCCUUCGAAAAUGCAGAGAGGCUGCUGAAAAGCACAAAGAUAUUAAAUUCACUGAGAUGUACUUGGAUACUGUGUGCCUCAAUAUGGUGCAGGAUCCUACACAGUUUGAUAUUCUGGUGAUGCCAAAUUUGUAUGGAGACAUCCUGAGUGAUCUUUGUGCUGGACUUAUUGGAGGACUUGGAGUGACCCCCAGUGGAAACAUUGGUGUGGAUGGUGUUGCCAUUUUUGAGUCUGUUCAUGGAACGGCCCCAGAUAUAGCAGGAAAAGACUUGGCUAACCCCACCGCCUUGCUGCUCAGUGCUGUCAUGAUGCUUCGCCACAUGGGCCUGCACGACCAUGCAACGAGGAUCGAAACGGCCUGCUUUGACACCAUUCGAGACAAAAAAGUUUUGACCGGAGACCUCGGAGGAUCUUCAAAGUGCUCAGAAUUCACAGAAGCAAUUUGUCAACGAGUGCGAGAUAUUGAGUAGAAGGGCCUAUUUGUUUAGAGUUUGUCUUUCUUUUUUUCGAUCACAUGUAUCUGCAUAUUAAUGACCAAAAAAAAACCAUAUUUAAACCGGUUUUAGGAUUUGUGAUCCUGAAUGUCUGCUUUUUAUUUGCACUUAAGAGUUCUCUUUAAACCAACUGUUACUUUUUAUGCAAUGUAAUGUAUUCCACUUGCUGACCAUUUGUAUGAUAAUAUUGGUCGUACUCUAUCUGUAUGGAAAAACUUAUUAUAGUAUUAUUAUUAUGUAUUAUAAAACUUUAGUUCAGUUAACACUGCAAUCAGAGUUUUAAUGUCACAUUUACAUGGUCAAGAAACACACUUAUUAUGAUACUAGCAGCUUUGAAUGUACCCAAUUAGAACAUAAAUACUACCAUGACAUCAAAAAUGACUUGACAUCGUAUUGUGUAAUGUAAGUGCUAUUAAUAAUUAAUAGCACAACACCAGGUUUAGGUUUGGGGGGAAUAUUUUUUAUUUCCUUUCGCCUUUUGGUCAUACACCAAUUCCAUGUACAAUAUCUCCACAAGAAUAAAGAGUAUAUUGAGGUAGAAAUGUGUUCUAUUCCGUC